AUGAAGGAGAGACGGCCCCCCCAGCCAGUCGUGGCCAGAUGUAAGCUGGUUCUGGUGGGGGAUGUGCAGUGCGGGAAGACAGCGAUGUUACAGGUGUUAGCGAAGGACUGCUAUCCCGAGACAUAUGUGCCCACCGUGUUUGAGAAUUACACAGCCUGCUUGGAGACAGAGGAACAGAGGGUGGAGCUCAGUCUCUGGGACACCUCAGGAUCUCCCUACUAUGACAACGUCCGUCCACUCUGCUAUAGCGACUCAGAUGCAGUAUUACUAUGCUUUGAUAUCAGCCGACCGGAGACAGUGGAUAGUGCACUCAAGAAGUGGAGGACAGAAAUCCUGGACUAUUGUCCUAGCACCCGCGUUUUGCUUAUUGGCUGCAAGACAGACCUGCGAACGGACCUGAGCACACUGAUGGAGCUGUCCCACCAGAAACAGGCACCUAUUUCCUACGAGCAGGGCUGUGCAAUAGCCAAGCAGCUGGGUGCAGAAAUCUACCUGGAAGGCUCGGCUUUUACCUCAGAAAAGAGUAUCCACAGCAUCUUCCGGACAGCGUCCAUGGUGUGUCUGAACAAGCCCAGCCCAGUGCCCCCCAAGAGCCCUGUCCGAAGCCUCUCCAAGCGACUGCUUCACCUCCCCAGUCGUUCCGAACUCAUCUCUUCUACCUUCAAGAAGGAAAAGGCCAAAAGCUGUUCCAUUAUGUGA